CUUCACCAAAGGCUACUGGCGUCGCAUUGCUGUUGGUGUGUGAAUGCAUUGCCUCUCGGUGGGUCUGCUGUUGUUCAGGAUUUGUGGUCCAUUUCGUAUCUGGCAAGACCUUGAUUUAGAUGCAUACAAAAUCUAGGACACUUUCCUAGGAAAAGUGUCUUCCAACCUGUGGUGUGUGCGGCGCGGCGUGCCAGCACUAUGAAGGUCUACUGUGCCAUUGAGGAGUGCCCGCACCACGCGGCCAGCAGCGACGCCGUCGGCCUGGUCGAGUUCCCGACGUCGGCCGGCCAGCUGCGCGUGUGGCGCGCGCUGACCGGCGUGCGUCACGUGGUACGCGGUGUGACCCGCCUCUGCACCGACCACUUCACGCCGGCCGACCUGGAGCCGGACGCGCAGUGGGAGCGGCUGUACCCGGGCCAAGUGAACCCCAAGCCGCGCCUGCGGCCGGGCGUGGUGCCAUCGCGCGGGGUGCCCGGCUGGCUGGAGGAGAGCCUGGCCGUGGCACCGCUUGCGCCGGUUGAGCCGCCCUCCAUGUUCGUGCGCCAGGAGGGGAGCGGCGCGCGCCGCGUGCGGCCCUCGGCGCGUCUGCAGGACGCGCACCCAAUCCUCUUCGACGACCCGCUGCCGGCGCCGCGAGCGCGCGGCGGCGGCGCGGCGCCAGGCGGAAAGCGACCCCGCGUGGAGCGAGACGCCGUCGAGGAGGAUGAGGAGCUGCGACCGGCCGCCAAGCUGCCGCCCAACACGUCGCAGCGCUUCCGCGAGGUCCUGGCCAAGCAGCGCGAACUGCAGCAGCUGGAGAAGCACCGCCUCUUCGAGGAGAAGCUGCGAGACAUCUUCACGCCGGCGCAGCUCAAGAUGGUACAGAACAAGUCACAGCGCAUGCACAUGUGGGACACGCUCGACAUCAAGCGUGCCAUCGGCCUGCGCCGGCUCUGCACGCGCCGCGCCUACGCCUACGUCAAGGAGGUGCUGCGCGUGCCGCUGCCCGGCCUCGCGGUGCUCCGCGGUUCGUCGCAGCGUGACCCGGAGACGCAGCGCAUGUAUCAGGAGAUG